AUGGCUGUCGCUCUCUGCGCAAGAGUCGCAGAUUCGCUCGCUAAGCGAUUUACCACCCUGCUCUCAGCUUCCACAAGCUGCAUCUGCAUGCGUUCAGAGGACAUGAGCACGGCAAUCCCGGUUGGCGAAGACCAUGGCUCAGCCAACGAGCCUCCAGACCCCUCGUGUCUCCCUCUGGUACCACUUAUGGGAAGCCCGUCAAAAGCUGAACACGAACCCGAGGCCUCGCACCCGGGUCCAACGCCCGCAAGCGCCGCUUUCUCGCUGAGCAGGCGUGUAUUCCCUCCGUCCCAUCCUAUCUACGCCCCGGGAGUCGGAGACGGCAUGCAGCUACGUUGA